CUCUCUCUCUCUUCCUUUACUAACCAAGCUACCCAAUUCACGGACUCCACCUGUAACUUUCUCUUCUUCUUCCUCCAUGGCACCAACCCUUUCAGAGCCGUUACUGCUCCUCAUCUUCUUAUGCAUGAACACGAUCAUGGUGGUCACCAUUGUUGAAGCUCAAGGAACCGUCUACUGGUGCGUUGCGAGAAGUGAUGCCACCAACCAGGCUCUGCAAACGGCUCUCGACUAUGCAUGCGGGGCUGGUGCGGACUGUACUCCCGUUCUCCCCAAUGGUCUCUGCUACCUCCCCAACACCAUCCAGGCUCACGCCUCUUACGCCUUCAAUAGUUACUUCCAGAGAAAGGGCAUGGCUCCUGGCUCCUGUGACUUUUCUGGCACUGCCACUGUAGCUCGAAGUGAUCCCAGUUAUGGAUCUUGUGUCUAUCCAUCUUCAAUAAGCACCGCCGGAGGCAAUACGUCACAAGGGUCGGCACCCACAACAACCACCACGAACAACCCGAACAUGCCAACAACACCGACUACAAUGCCCCUAGAUAAUAAUGGUGGUAAUUCCGGGUUUAGCCCUCCAGUACCCCCCACAGACAACUCCGAAGCUUCUGCAAAAUUCAUGGCCAUUACACUUUUAAUGCCUGUCUCCUUGUGGAUUGUUCUCUCAUUGACACUGUCAAACAUAUUAGUCCUAUAAACCAGAACUAGUUGCAUUACGUAGUGUGGAGAUCGAUCGAAGAGGCUUAUACAGUUUUGUUCAAGAGUUGAGGCCUUCUUUGUUUGUAGCAUCAAGGUAUCUGGAAAAUCCAUUUGGUCUUUAGUUUUGUUAUUGAUCUCUUAAUGAUAUGAAAAAGGUUGUCGGGAAGUUUUAAAUUGGCUUGUUGGUUUUGGUAGAAAGGCAAAGCGAGGGGUAAGCUAAACCUCAUUUGUGGAUUAACUGAUGGUAAUUCAAUUUAUUUGUCCAAUCUAAUUCCCGUCAGUUGAUUUCCUGCAUGUAUUUGUGUCUGUGGCAUGAGUGUCAAGAGAUUCUAUGCAUUCACAAAUACUCGACCGGUUACUCGGGAAAGUCCAUGGUAUCACAAUAUAUUGUAGACGAGAUAUCG